UGACACUAUCCAAAUAUACCCACAUGUGUAUCAGCGUAUGUAUAUGAAUGUGUAUCUAUAUUUAGAAGCUUCCUAAUUUUGUCACAGAAAAAUAUCUUCAUAUUUUGUUCCUUUCCGUUACAACUCAUAAUUCUCUUCCAGAGUUCUUGGAUUAGUCCCCAAAAUCAUUUGGAGAUCCAAGAAGAAAGAAGAACGAUCUCCAAGAGAGAAGAAGAAAAUGUGUACUCAUCAUGAUGAUCAAUCACAACACGACCUCCCUUGUCUCCAUUGCCAACCACAUUCAUACAUUCACAUGGUACAACAUAUGAUAGAGAGAUGCAUUCUCCUCCGUAUGACUCGUGAUGAAUGCGUCAAGGCGCUAGACCGCCACGCAAGCAUUCUACCACUCGUUACGCUCACCGUUUGGAGAGGACUUCAAAGGGAAAACAAGGAUUUCUUUGAAACGUACGGCCAUUUCGUUUCUCCUAGGCCUUUCUUAGGCGGAUAUGUUCGGAGAUCACCGAGGUUUGCGAGAAGGAUACAAUAAAGACUUUGCUCCAGGGUUCUCUAUGUAGGAGAAGAAGCUUGAACUUUAUAUGUAGACCUAGCUAGGGUAUUAUACAUAUUGCUAAGAUGAGACAUUCAUGUCUAUUAUACGUGGACCUUUUCUGUUGAAAGGUUUCACUGUUGAACUAAGCAGAGAAGCUUUCUUAUGUAAACUACUUUUUUAAGGUUGCUUAUUUAGAUGCAGUCUAUUAAUUGAAAACUCUGAAUUAGUUUUCUUUUGGCUUAACAAAAUAUGUUUAUCAA